UUGGGCUGUUGGGCUGUGGUGAAUAAGUCUAAAGGGGCUGUUAAGUCAGCAAACCAAACAGAGAAACACAAAGACAUAUUGAUCUUCAUUCUUCAUUUCUUCAGCAAGUUGUUCAACGGCAAGGCGCGCAUGUCACGCGCGGUAAAAUGGAGGAUUGGGAAGAUUUGAAGUCGAUACUUUCAUUCUUGCCAGCCAUUUCCCGGUCUUCGACUCUGUUCUGGCCAUCGUCAGUUGUAGAAGCACUGAAAAUCAUUUCAGACGGACCCCAUCGCAGCCUAAUCAGCUCCGGCGAAACACUGUUCGACGCCAUUUCCAGUCUGAGGCGCUCUCUUUCUCUCUCCUCUGAAACCCUUGUUCUCUCCGCCUCCGACGGUUACUCCCUCUUCUUCGACCGCUUGACGUCACCGCAAGACUCGAUGAGAUGGUUUGAAGAGGUUGUACCGGCGAUGGCCAAUUUACUGUUGCGGCUGCCCUCUCUGUUAGAAUCUCACUACCGGCGUGCGCAUGAGCUUCUCCGUAAAGGUGAAUUUGGGAUACACACUGGUCUCCGUUUGUUAAACUCGCAGCAACCAGGGAUAGUCUUACUCAGCCAGGAAUUGAUUGGUGCUCUUCUUACAUGUUCUUUCUUUUGUUUGUUCCCGGAUACUAAUCGAGAUGCAAACCAUCUUCCAACAAUCAACUUUGGUGAUUUGUUUGCGAGCCUGUAUGACUGUUACAGAGAAAACCAGGAGCACAAAAUAAAGUGCAUCAUACACUAUUUUGAGAGGAUCUAUGUGUCAAUGCCCAAGGGCUAUGUCUCAUUUGAACGGAAGGUUCUUCCUUACGGACAAUAUCUUUCGUGCAUUUCUUAUCCUGAUGCUGAGUUUUGGAGCAAAUCUGCUACCCUUCUAUGCCCUUUUGAGGUCGUCCAAAUCAACUAUUGUUUUCUUUUGGUUCAUAGUCGAGGUUUUAUAGAAGAUCAAACCAGAGAAGCUCUUGAAGUAGAUUUUGCAAACAAGUAUCUUGGAGGUGGUGCUCUUCGCUAUGGUUGUGUACAGGAAGAAAUCCGCUUCAUGAUCAGCCCUGAGCUAAUUGCUGGCAUGCUUUUCUUGCCUGCCAUGGCAGACAAUGAGGCUAUUGAAAUUGUCGGUGCAGAAAGAUUCUCAAGUUAUACAGGGUAUGCUUCUUCAUUUCGCUUUUCUGGUGACUACAUGGAUACGGGGAAUGUUGACAUUUAUGGGAGGCGUAAAACCAGGAUCGUUGCUAUAGAUGCAUUAUGUAACCCAAGAAUAAGACAGUAUAGACCUAAAUGCCUGCUUAGGGAGAUUAAUAAAGCGUUCUGUGGCUUUCUGGAUCAAUCUGGACAUCAAUAUAAAUUACUGUUGAAAGACAAUGGACUUCAUGGAGCUCAUUUUGAUCAAGAGGAUAAGCGCCCCAAUGGCAAAUCAAGUGAUGAUAUUCUGUUGGUAGAUGAACCUUCCUCAAGUUCCGUUGAAAGAAAUGAAGGAGGUUCUGCUAAUGAAGUGUUCAAAAAUGCUGAGAAGAAUGGUUAUCAGCAUCUCGACCAUCAAGAUGAAAUUGGAAUUGCGACAGGGAAUUGGGGGUGUGGUGCGUUUGGAGGAGAUCCUGAACUGAAGGCCAUGACCCAAUGGCUUGGUGCUUCUCAGGCAUCAAGACCCUCCAUUUCAUACUAUACAUUUGGUAUUGAGGCCUUGCAGCACUUGGAUCAGGUGACUCAGUGGAUUCUUUCACAUGAGUGGACGGUGGGGGAUCUGUGGAAUAUGCUGGUGGAAUACUCGUCUCAGGUGCUGAAUGGAGAAACUACAUUGGGCUUCUUAACCUGGCUCCUUCCAUCAACACAUAAUGCUGAAGCCAUGAUGGUGGACUUGACAAAUACUCCUUGAUUUUAUUUUUUUUUAAUCGUUUUGGUUGUUGGAUUGCCUUCCUAUGUAAUAGUUUAUUAAUAUUUAUUGGAAAAUCGGAGUAUUAAUUUUAAUAUUUCAUAUUAGAUUGCUAGUGUUUAGUUCUGUUAGGGUUGUAUAGCAUUGCCAAUCCACCGUAACAGUUUUACAUACUUUUGUGCUUUGCUCAGGCUUAGGGGUACCGUCCCUAAUCCUGUUCCACCAA